AUGGAUCGCCGAGCCUUCAGGAGUAACUCGUGCAACAGCAAGAACCCGGCGCCUCCCUCCUCGCCCUCGGCGGCGGCGUCGGCGGCGGUGUACCGGACGUCCUCGGCGCCCGUGGGGGGCUCCAAGGACAACGUCGGCGAGCGCAAGGCGCUGCUGCCCCGGCGCCCCGAGGGCGGCACGGCCCGCAAGGCCUACAAGGGGCCCAAGCGGCGGGUGCAGUGGAAGGACACCCACGGGAAGAAGCUCGCCGAGGUCUUGGAAUUCCAGCCUAGUGAUUCAAGUGACUCGGAUGAUGAUUAUUUGGAUACUUGCAUAUGCUCAGUCAUGUAA